AAUUGAUUCAAUGCAGAUUUUUAUUAAACGUUAACUUUGUAAAUAUUUAAUGGAGGAUUUAUAUUAAUUUAUAAAUUAGAUGUACAAAAUAAAUUGUUUUUAAUUUGUAAAAACAUUUUUUUCAGUUCAAUACAUAUAAGUACAAAUGAAAUUCAAGAGUAUUAUAUUUAGUUUUUAUAUUUGGAAAACAAAACAAUGAUUAAGAUUAGCCAAAAAUGCUUUGGCACAAGUGUAAGGCCUAUUACAUACAAGAAUCCAACAUGCAUAGAUUUUUUAUUGAACUGCUAAGAAGUUUAUGAAUGACAGACAAUAUUCUUAUAAAAUGGAUAUUGGAAUUGUUAAAAUUGCCGAAGAUAAGGAUUUUGAAAAGUUGAAACAUUUGUAUGAUGAUAAUAAUGAUUGGAGAUUAGAUUAUAAUAAACCUGACUUAUCAGUUUGGACAAAAUCUGUAUCAGGCAUUAGUUUUAGAAUGGUAAAGAUUAGAACACGUUUCCCUGAUGUUCUACCAGAAACGUUAUAUGAUGUAUUACAUGAUCCUGAAUAUAGGAAGGUUUGGGACACUCAUAUGAUCGAAUCAAAGGAUAUAGGAUUUUUUAAUCCAAAUAACGAUAUUGGUUAUUAUUCAAUGGCCUGUCCAUCACCAUUGAAAAACAGAGAUUUUGUUCUACAAAGAUCAUGGCUAGAUACUGGUAUAGAACAAUUAAUUUUGAAUCAUUCUGUUUUUCAUAAAGACUAUCCACCAAGAAAACAAUUUGUGCGGGCAACAUCUUAUCUUACAGGAUAUAUAGUAAGACCAUCUCGAAACGGUGAUGGUUCUGAAUUGGGAUACGUCUCUCAUACUGAUCCACAUGGAAAAUUACCAGUUUGGUUGGUUAAUAAAGUUACACAAAUAUUUGCUCCAAGAAUGGUUAAAAAGUUACAUAAGGCUUCUGUAGCUUAUCCUAAUUGGAAAUUACUUAAUAAUCCAAAUUAUAAACCAUGGCAUUUUCCUGAACAAAUUGCAUCACCACGUAUAAAAAUUGAAGAUUGCGUAAAAUCUGCAGAAGAAAAAAAUUCAAAGAAUUACUAUGUUGAUGAAUCAGAAUUAAAAGAGUCAGUUACAAUGGACAGUGAUUAGCUUCGUUCAGUGAAGUAAAUAUUUACAUUGUUAAUAUUGAA